AUGCUUGUCGAUCUCAACGUGCCCUGGCCGCAAACUAACUUUCAAGAGACUGUCAGCGAAAAACAGAUCCAGGAUGUGACAAGGAUUCUGGAAACCCUGCAUACUUUGGGAUACACACAUGUUGCACUUAACUUUUCAAUAAACCAUACCGAGAAGUUUCCCACGUCGCUCAAGGAGCUGAAUCCAAUUCGAAUUCAGGAAUACUUUGGCAGUUUGAUACAAGCCACAGGUCUUAAACUAUAUUCAAGAAUCACACUGAUCAUCGACGACCCGUCCAAGGGCCAGUCUCUCUCCAAGAUAUCACAAGCUUUCGACAUUGUAGCGGCCUUACCCAUCAGUGAAAAAGCACUGACACUGGCGACGUCCUCAUUAGACGUUGAUCUGCUAACGUUCCAGUACAAACAGCGGCUACCGGCGUUUUUGAAACAUAAAAGCAUCUGCAGCUGCGUGGCUAGGGGAGUGAAGCUUGAGAUCGUUUACGCCCAUGCGUUGAGAGAUAUGCAGACCAGAAGACAAUUCAUCCAAAAUGUAAAAAGCGUGGUUCGCAGCUCGCGAUCCCGCGGCAUCGUCAUCAGCAGCGGUGCCACGAAACCGGUCGAGUGCCGAAACGUGCUGGGCGUUACAUGUCUCAUAAAAAUAAUGGGCCUCCAGAGCGAUAAGUGUAUGAAAGCGAUGACGGACCUUCCAGCACUCGUGCUUUUGAAUGGAAGACUGCGGACCAAGAGCCACAAGCAAACGGUCGUUAUCGGUGGCGGGUCCGACUCUGACAUCGUCAAUGAAAGUGACAUAGACCCUGGAAAACUCAUCAAAAUAGUCAAACGCAGAGUUUCUGAAUCGUCCGAUGACAAUCAACCCAACAAGAUGGCUCGGUCCGAGAGCUAA